AGUGCGCAUGCGCACAAGAGCGACAUAAAGAGAACGAAAGCGAUGACGACGGAGCAUAUUUCAGGUAUUAUUUGCGGUAAAGAAACAAGUUUCCAUCUGCGUAGAAAACACGACUCUCAGGCUGCUACUGUCAGUCUCUGAAGACAAACUGCCGGUUCCACACCAGCGAUGGCUUCCCUGUGGUGGCUGAACUCGAACCUCACCACUCACUUUUCAGACAACGAAACCUGCAUCAGCUCGGCACACAGCACCGUACUGACUGGAGUCCCAUUUGGAGGAGUGCCGGUUGUACUGCUUCUCGAUUUUGCUGUCUUCCUGGUGCUGCUCCUCAUCUUCUCUAUUAUCAGGAAGAAGUUUUGGGACCAUGGGCGUAUAGCGCUGAUAGCAGAUGCAGACACUGAAUGGUUCCCCGAAGCAGGAAACCAUCGCAAUAAGCGCUUUUUAUCCUUUGUGUCUACAGACGAUAACUUAGAAUAUGAACAGGGAUUUUGCUCCUGGCUGCCAUACAUCCUCACAAUGGAUGAGGAGAGAAUCAAAGCCAAAUGCGGCAUGGAUGCCAUUCACUACCUGUCCUUUCAGCGUCAUGUGAUCAUCUUGCUGGUAGUUAUGACCGUCACCUCCCUUGCGGUCAUACUGCCUGUCAACUUGACUGGAGACCUACUCGGCAAUGAUGCCAAAGAUUUUGGAAGGACGACUAUUGGGAAUCUUCAAAAGGGGGACAAUCUGCUGUGGUUGCACACAGUGUUUGCCGUGAUCUACCUGGCCCUGACAGUUGUCCUGCUGCGACGUCACACAUCGCAGAUGAAAGACAUAUACAGCGAGACAACCAGAAACACCCUGUUUGUGUCCUGGAUUCCCAAAACGGCAACAGAGGAAGCUGUGAAGACCCAUUUCACAGAGGCCUAUCCUUCCUGUCAAGUCACUGCUGUGACUCUGGGCUAUGAUGUGGCCAAGCUCAUGCAGCUUCAUAAAGAAAGGGUUCGAGCAGGGAAAAAUCUACGCUACUACGAGCUCGUCUUCCAGAGAACAGGAAACCGUGAGUUGAUAAACCCGCGCGUGUGUGGGAGCCUCUGUUGCUGCGCCAACUCUGAGAAGGUUGACGCCAUAGAGUAUUACCGUGCUAAAGAAAAGGACCUGCUGGAAGAGGUGAGCAACCAGGUGGAACUUGUGCCACAGCGCCCCCUGGGGAUGGCUUUUGUGACCCUGCAGAACGAGGCUAUGGCUAAGCACAUUCUGAAAGACUUCAAUGCAGUCGAGUGUGGCAGCUGUUGUGGGAAAGAGCCCCAGCCUUCAUUUAAUAGCAGAGACCUGAAAGUGAAUAAGUGGAGCAUCAAGUUCGCCCCUCACCCAGAAAAUGUGUUCUGGGACAAUCUGUCAGUGCAGGGAUUUCCCUGGUUCAUGCGCUAUCUGGUGCUCAACGUCGCCCUUUUCUUCCUGCUCACCUUCCUCACCACUCCGACUAUCAUUAUCAACACCAUGGACAAGUUUAGCGUGACAAAGCCCAUUGACUAUCUCAACAGCCCUAUUAUCAGUCAGUUCUUCCCCACUCUGCUGCUGUGGUCCUUCUCUGCAUUACUGCCAACCAUAGUCUACUAUUCCACACUAGGAGAAGCACACUGGAGCAGGUCCAGUGAACAGCUGAGCAUGAUGGGUAAACUCUACUUCUUCCUGCUCUUCAUGGUGCUGAUCCUCCCGUCACUCGGACUCACCAGUCUUGCUGUAUUUUUCCGCUGGCUGUUUGAUAAAGAGUUUCUAGCAGAUGGAAAACUAAGGUUUGAGUGUGUGUUUCUACCUGACCAAGGGGCCUUUUUUGUCAACUAUGUGAUCGCAGCGGCCCUGGUCGGCUGUGGGAUGGAACUGCUGCGGUUGCCUGCGUUACUGCUUUACUGCAUUCGUUUGAUAUUUGCGAGCUCUGCCGCUGAAAGGAAAUAUGUCAAACAGAACCAGGCUUAUGAAUUUCAAUACGGAGCCAUGUAUGGAUGGACCCUCUGCGUGUUCACCGUCAUCAUGGCUUACAGCAUCAUUUGCCCUAUCAUCGUGCCAUUUGGUCUCGUGUACAUGCUCCUGAAACAGCUGGUGGACAAAUACAACCUGUACUUUGCCUACCUGCCCGCCCGCCUUGACGUCCAUGUCCACCUGGGAGCUGUCAAUCAAGCUCUGGCCGCACCCAUCAUCUCCCUUAUAUGGCUCUACUUCUUUUCCGUCCUCAGAACAGGUUUCUGGGCUCCCACAUCUCUUUUCACCCUGGUUGUCCUGUGUAUCACCGUCUUUAUUGGCAUCAGCUACACCUGCUUCGGUCACUUUAAAUACCUCAGUCCACUCAACUAUAAGGUGAAAGACAAGGGCGAGGAAACAGCAGAAGAAGACACAGAGGUCUACCUGCCCAGAGUGCUUAAUCCAAAAUCACCAGCCAGCACCACACUGGGGUCUAAAAAUGAUCAGUCUUAUGGCGCCACAGAAAGUAGCCUCAACAGCAGCUUCAGUCCAGUGGAAGAAGUGUGUUUUAACAGUGGAGGCAAAGGCAAAGAUUCUUGAUUCCUCUGACGACGGACUGAGCUAAACCAAUGACAAACGGGCAGAGUGCUUUGGUUUGAGCGGACAUCGCCUGCCAAGGGAAUAAUGUGUUGCUUGAUGGUAACAAUGCACUAUUUAUAUCGAGUAAUAUAAGAUAAGAUAUUUAUGUAUUAGUAAAUAUCAACAAAGAGAACAAACGUAUAUGCAACAGUAUUGCAGGAGUUUUGCAAACAAAAACUUUGGUAUGAAGAUUUCUACAAAUGAUGAAUGAAUGUUUUGACUAGGUCAGCCUUUAAAUGUAGGGGUCGGUACACUUUGACAUUUUAUACAAUGGUUUUAGUCAUGUGACAAUUUGUGGUUCCGCGGUAACACUGGAUUUCACCCACACUUUAUUUUCGAGAGAAUUUACAUUUAUGAUUACAUGUUGGUGGUGAACCUGAAACAUACUGUACAUGCUAUUACAAUUACGGGGGUACAAUUGUACCGACUCCCCCCCUCUGUAAUGUAUUUUGAAAUAAUGUAUAUAAUUUAAUCUAUGCCAAUCUUAUCUUUUUUUUUAAUGUGUAAUUCAACAAAAGGAGCUACAUCUUUAAAGCAAUGCGUUCAUUAGUUGGAACUAAUAAUAUGGACUGUUGAAACACUGUGCUGUUAAAUAAAUAAAAUACAUGCAGGAACAACUGUA